AUAAGUUCCAGCGGCUAUGCUUGGCACAGCACUUGCGCUGCAGGCAGCUGAUGAAGUUAAACGGAACUAAAGUAGCCUUCAGACAAUAACGCAGACUGAGAAAGACCUACUUUUCGGAAACGUCGUGUCACUAAAAUACUAUAUUGUUCUAAACAGUUUACAAGUGUCAACGACGUUCAUCUCAGUAAGAUUUUAUUGAAGACAUGGAUUUGUUUGCUGAGACAACCAAAAGGUUUGUUAAUUGUGCGAAAGGGGAUUUUAUUCCCAACACUGUAUUCCACGACUCCAAAAAACUGUUGGAUCCCACAAGAUUGGUUGUCAAGAUCAAGCCUUGGUUUUCGUUGAAUUCCUACUACCGUGUGUCGGAAUUUAAACUGGAACACCUUCUAGGAGAUCUACCACGUCAAGCAGAGAUUGAAAGAAGAACCUUUCUGAAUAGCUUUUCCCUUGAUAGUGAGAAGACAAAGAAAGGGAAUAUGGAUGGAAGCAUAUGGAAGUAUUUUGGCAAAGUUUUUGGGCAUGGCAACAUGAAACUCCAUUUUGAAUUAGGUCCAACAGACCAAAUGGAACUGAUUAAUUUAAUGGCUUUGAAGUCUGACAUUAAAGGGAAGGAAAUUAAUCCUGAAAAUAUUAAGGGGCUGAAGAAGAAUGAGAAGUUGGUUCUUGUGACGUCGAGGGUAGUGACACAAGGCACCUUCUCCAUCAAAGGCUCUGACAAGGUGGACGCCUCCUUUACUGGAAGAGUAGAUAUUCAUCCGGGGAAUCUGGGAGGAGGUGGAGAUCUUUUAAGGAAAGAGGAUACAUCCAUGCAGCUUCCUGAAAAUACUGUCAUUGCCUACAAAGUCCAAGAGCUUAUAGAGCUCAACGUCAACGAUGAUGACAAGUUAGGGGCGGAUGGUGGAACCUUAUCUGCGGAAUUAAUAUCCGAUGAGUCCAUUAAUUGCCUAGACAAAGUACUGGAAGAAUUAGAAGAAUAUGUGAAGCUUCUCCAGCCAUUGGCUAGUCCUCCAAAGCAGACCACAUCAUCUCUGUUCGGGGAGCUUCGUGAAGUUCUAAAAGACAGACCAACCUUUCAAAGGUUCCUAGAAGACAGGGGUGAGGAUUGGAGUAAUUCCGUUUGCACCCUUUUGGACAAACUUCCUACGAAACCCCUAGAAGGUUCUCGUGUUGUCACAGAGUCACUGAUCAGAGUCUUAGAUGCAUUGCCAAAUGGGGCGUUAAAUAUGUUGGCCAACUGCAGUUCCAGUGAACUUCAAGCUCUCAACAAACUGGUGUUGGAGCUGAAGACCAAUCACAGCAACUUCCUGCCUUCUGAGACACUGCCCCCCAAGCUGCAAGAAGGCGGGGAAUAUAACUGGGCCACACAACUGCUCUGCUCAACCAGUAAAAAUCUACAUGAAGAUGGUAACCUGUUUCGUGAGACAGGAAUCCAACCAGGCGGGCUGCUAUUGAUCCUGUGCAUUGCAGUGCAAGGGCUCACCUUCUUGGGUAGUUAGGUAUAAUAAGUGUGGAGGUCAAGGUUGCAUGGAACAGGCCAAAAUGGCUUAACACAGACCAUAAGUGUGUUGCCAAUUUUCCCUUCAUUCAAAAGCAGUAUGCAUGCCUUUUUAUAUUUUUCUUAAAAUGUGAAAACAUACGAAUAUUUUGAUAUACAAUAUAAUUUUGAUAAUUACAUUAUUACAGUAAUUACAUUCCAGAGAUUAGAUUAUUUUUAAAGGUGACGAGGUUGUGGAUUGAAGAUCAGUUGCAAUAACUACUUAUUCUGUUUUACUUUUUUCCCCUGUUCCUUAACAAAUUAAUAAGGAAUUUCUCAGGAAUUUCAUGUUUCUAAUUUUAAUUUUCAGGAAAUAUAUGUUAAAAUGGUUCAAAUGUAUUUGUAGAAGGUGUCUUAGAACACACAAACAGUGUUGUUCAUACAAAAUAAAAUAAUUCAC